UUUUUUUUUUUCUCUCUGGCUUAAUAGCAACGGAAUAUAUGUACAUAGUAUACGAAAAAAAACUUUUUAUAAUAAAAUUGGCCGUUGAAAAGUGAAUAUUUGGCGAUAUAAUAAUUUGCACUGUGCUAUAUAAUAUUCUCAAGCUAUUAUCGUAUUAUUUAUUUAUGUGUUCGUGUUUGGUUUGUUUUUAUUUGUGCACCUUUAUGUUGUGUUCCCGUUGACUUAGGUUGUCCGUUUUUGAUUCACGAUUGACGUUUCUUUUUGUAUUUAUUGUCGGUCGACAUAAUUAUUAUUGGUUGUGAAUUUAUACGUGGUGCGGAGCCGCGCUGACCAAAUGUCGCUUUGAAACAAACAAAAAAUUAAAUAAACAAAUUUUUUUUUUUAAUGUGUAAAAAAAACCGAAAAGUUUUGCAUUUCAAAAAUCGUACACGAUUACAUUAUUGAUUUUGUUAAAUUUUGUAAUGUUGAGUUUCUUUUUUUGUUUUUGUGUUUUUUGUUUUUAUAUAAUUUGUUUUUUUUUUGACGUUUUAAUUUCCCUCCCACAAGAGAGUAACUUGUACAAAAAAAAAAAAAAACCGCGAAAUAUCCACCACCACUGAUGGAAUUGGCACUAUAUCUACUAAAGCGUAGCGAGCACAGAGUUUGCCGCAGCAAUGAGAACCGCUUCUUACUGCAACCGGUAUUAACUGCACCGAAAGACAACCAGACUGUGUGAUUGCGCAUCAAUUGGGCAUCUCUUGCGACAUCUCUUGCACUAGGGGCUGUAGGGCGGCGGAGACGACCUAGCUUCACCACCGACAUCCGACCACAUCACUGCGGCCCGCACCCGCAUCAUUACACUCCUUAUUUCUAAUUUUCAACACUUUAAUUUUCGACAAUCAUGCUUUUUAUUUGUUUACCCGCAUUCCUUAAGUUGAUGGGGUCUAUAUAUAUACAUAUAUAUAUAAUAAAAACUAUUUUGGUCGUGUUAUUUGACUGUAAUUAAAUGUUUAUAUUAUUGUCUUGUUCAUGUGAAUUUGUGUUGUGUAACAUACGGGAGUAGCGUCGCGCCCGCAUUCUGUUCGGUGCUCGCUCGCGGCCCCGGGCCUCCGCCCCACGAGCGGCAGCUAGACGUACUUGUAGCCCUAGUUAAACUGGCCGAAUGCGCCUGCAUGAAGGUGUCCAAACAUUCCACCGACGAAUGCUGGUGACGGAAUACUCUGUGCAACUCACGUUCAGAGAACAAUGGCUGGACGAGAGACUGAAGUUUAACAAUUUAGGAGGUCGUCUCAAAUACUUGACCCUGACCGAGGCCAACAGGGUUUGGAUGCCCGACCUGUUCUUCUCGAACGAGAAGGAAGGCCACUUUCACAACAUCAUCAUGCCCAACGUGUACAUCAGGAUCUUUCCGAACGGGACCGUCCUGUACAGCAUCCGUAUCUCUCUCACUCUGUCGUGUCCCAUGAACCUCAAGCUGUACCCGCUGGACAAGCAGACCUGCUCCUUGAGGAUGGCCAGCUACGGCUGGACCACGGACGACCUCGUGUUCUUGUGGAAGGAAGGCGAUCCUGUCCAGGUCGUGAAGAAUCUCCAUCUCCCAAGAUUCACUCUGGAGAAGUUCCGCACCGAUUAUUGCAACAGCAAGACUAAUACCGGCGAAUACAGCUGCCUGAAGGUAGACCUGCUGUUCAAACGCGAGUUCAGCUACUACCUCAUCCAGAUCUACAUCCCGUGCUGCAUGCUCGUCAUCGUCUCCUGGGUCUCCUUCUGGCUCGACCAGGGAGCAGUCCCGGCCCGAGUCUCUCUUGGCGUGACAACCCUGCUGACAAUGGCCACUCAGUCAUCAGGCAUCAACGCCUCCCUACCGCCGGUAUCGUAUACAAAAGCCAUCGACGUCUGGACGGGAGUCUGUCUGACCUUCGUCUUUGGAGCUCUACUGGAGUUCGCCCUCGUCAAUUAUGCGUCUCGCUCUGACAUGCACAGAGAGAACAUGAAAAAAACGAGACGGGAGAUGGAGGCCGCCAGUAUGGACGCUGCCUCGGAUCUCUUGGACACGGAUAGCAACGCCACCUUCGCUAUGAAACCUCUGGUCCGCGGUGGCGUGGACACUAAGAUGCGGCAGUGCGAGAUCCACAUCAGCCAGCCCAGGAAGAACUGCUGCCGGCUCUGGAUGUCCAAGUUUCCCACGCGCUCCAAGAGGAUCGACGUCAUCUCCAGGAUCACGUUUCCUCUUGUUUUCGCCAUUUUCAAUUUGGCUUACUGGUCAACAUAUUUGUUUCGCGACGAGGAGGAAGAGAAGUGAUUCUCCGAGAGUCCGGAGUCAGGGUUGGGGCAGGUGGCGCGGCUGGCGGUGGCCGUGCUGGCGCCCUACGCGCUGUUCGCGCUCGCCUACGCGCUGUUCCUGCGGCCCGCGCCCGCCCGCUCCGGCACCUUCCGCAGAUAGGGCUGUCCUGUGUCGACCACGCAUCGCCAACUCCCCUCUAACCUGUCCCGAAUUUUAAGCGGAAUCUCAAAAUUAAGUUCAGUGAUUAAAAAUUAUAGAUCGCCCCUGUCUGAUAGUCAUAGUCGUAACGGCAUGCACUAUAGCACACUUCUCUGUAAUUCACUGACUACAUACAAAACCUACUUACCCUUCCAUUAUUGGACAUAAUGAGAGUCUAUCUAAUUCGCGUCCCCCAAUUAGGCCAAUAAUGAACUUGAUCCAGAAUAAAUCAGUUCAACUCAUUCGAAAACGGUGAAAAAUCUUAGGCUGUUUAAUACGACACCACGUCCCACUCUAUCUCGUUAUUUCAAUGCUAUUGAACAUAGAAAAUGCCUUGAUGCCAAACCUAAAUAUUUCUACCUAAAUAUUUUUCCCGUCUGCGUAAUACCAAGUCCGUGAAAGGUGUAAAUAAAGAACAAAUUGCAUCUAAAUUGCGUUAAGAUGGUAUUUCAGCCGACUCGGACUAAACAAAGAAUUAAACUGUGAGUGUUUUAUGAGAAAACGGAACAUUCAAUCCCAAUAUACGAUUCGAAUAAUGGUUUCCUAAAAGUAACAAACGAGGGUACCUAAGAGACUCAUACAAAUUCUGACAGCCGGUCCGCGAUAAAAACGUUUCGCGACUGAAAAAUCUUAUGAGAGAAAAAAAUUCGGUCUAAUCAGAACCGUGCAGAUCAUUUUACAUUCGAUAGUGAAGUUAAGGAAUAUAAAAUACGAGGAUUUUCGAUAAUUUUUACCAGAACGGAUCCCAAAUACUCUAAUGAUUGUAUCAUUAAUGAUUGUACGUAUGUCAGUAGCGCCGUAAGACCAGUUAUUAUAUAGGUAACUCAUUUAGUUUAAAAACAUGAUCAUUAGCUGUUUAUAAUUUCACCAGAAUCGGAAUCAUAAUUUUGAGUUCGAGUACUACUUGAACAAUUUGAUUGUUCAUUUUCAUCUUUAUUGUGUUCUGCUAAGAGAUCUUUCUCAAACAACAAAUUUAUCGAACAUUCAAUUUUAUGAUUCCGGUAAUUUAUAAAAUUCUUGUCACGUUAAUAGAAAUUAGAGCUCAAUAUUGUAACUUUAAUAGACGUUAGGUAAUAGCUAAUUUCAAUACUUCAUUAAAUCUAGAACUUAAAAUUUAACGGUAGGAUUUUUUAUUAAUAAUGUAAAACUCGUCUAUGAGACAAAAGGAAUUUAUAAAAAAUCAAGUAUUAAAAUAAUCAUUCUUAGUUAGGCUUAGUUAGAUAGUACAUUUAAAUUACGACUAAGUGAAGUGCUCAUUGAAAAUGAUAAAACUUUACCUUUGAUUCAUGCUGCGACUAUUAUCAAAUUCUGAAAUUAAUUUGAAAACCUCAUUUCAGAUCUCCGAAACACUGAAUUAGAAUCUGAUAGUUAAUUUUCUAUCUAAACUCAUAAUUAAUGAUAGAAAUAUAAACAAAUAAACACUUUAUAUCUAAAAGGAAGAAUAUAGGAAAUUAUUUAUUUAGAUAACCUUUAGUAUUACGCUCGGAGAUGAGAGCCCACAGCACGUCAUCUAAAAACUUGUUACCGUCGAUUGAAGAUGACAUUCGUAAUACCCGGAGCACAAGCAGUCUAAUGCUCAGGAUUCUAUUCACAUUGUUUAGGGUUAGAACGGAGAAUCCGAAGAACAAAAUCCAGAGUCGCGCUAUGGUUAAAAGAUGCUUAAAGAUAUGAUAUUAUUAAACAUAGCAUUCAAAUAAACAAGAUCAGUAGCAGCCGCAUGCUUCGCAAAGUUUUUAGUCUUUUGGCGAUUCCCAUAUUAAAUUUUGUCAUUUUUAAUGAGUAUAGUGGCUGAUGUAAGUGUAAAUAGUUGAGCUUAAAAAACUCUACACCUGUGUCGCUCACUGUAUAGAUAUAACGUUAGAAUUUUAUCUGAAUUACACUUUUUAAUGAUUCAUCCUGUAAAUAUUUUGUAUGGGUUAACAGGACAUGUCUCAUUGUUCCAAUCUUUAAUGUUAAGACGAAAAACGCGUCAAAUAUUUCAAACUCAACCUUUUAUAAUUAUUUAACAUCACAUUAUUUACACAUCAAUAAGCUGAGUGUGAUCCUGAGAGCUCUUGGACAUUGCUAUAUAAAACUACUAAAAGCAGCAGCAGACGUGAAAAUAUAUACUUUUUAUACCUAACUUAUAGAACUCCGAUAAUUCAUUCUAAAUAUCUUUGCAAAUAAAAUGUUCGUAUCCCGAAGAACAGAAAGCAAAUUAGAGUUAGCCAGUCUAUUCUAGUAAUAAACUAGUAUACUGAUAGCUCGUAGCCAAGAGAUUUGAAGUUUGAAGGAAAUGUACAGCUUAAAAAACUUUAGAUGUACAUCAGUCUGUAACAAUAUUUUUAAAAUUCAAUACAAAAAAUGAGAAGAAUAUUAUUAAAAUUACGUGAAUACCACUUUGUAAAUUCAAUAUAAUUUCCUAAAAAAAUAUUUUGAAUUAAUAUUAUAGCUUAAGGGUAAAGUAAGGUGAGGUAAGGGUAGCUUUACACAACACUAACCAUACUCGAUCUGGUUUGCUAGUCGAUCUUUGAUUUGACUUUGGUUCGAUCUCUACCAAACUAUACAAGAUCAGCGGGUAGAUCAAUCUGAAGACGUCUUGGAAGUUUCGUCCAAAACGAUCGAGCCAUUUCGGAGCCUAACACAAAUAUAUAAAUCUACGCAUCGAUCAUCAGACACAGAGUGCAAUAGCUUUUUGACCCGCACAGUAAUUCCGUGGAGUUGUCCAACAUCCCUAUGUUUGCUGCUAGUAGCACUGUUCCAACUUCAUACAAAUUGGAGUUAACUUUUACGCGAUCGAGAAGUUAAAAAACUCGCACUAAGCACACAGAGAUUACCCUUGAUAAACAAAUUUCAUGUCUCCAAUGUGACUUUGGCUGUGAAGACGUGUCCUGCUAAGCACACCUCGAUCUAUAUUUUACAUGUUUUUAAUUCCGAAUGUAUCAUUAAUAUAACGCCGCUGUGUUCGAUAUCGAAGAAUUGUAUAUUUUUAAGAAUAAACAACAUAUUAUUCAUUUAAUUACAAUAAUUUCCUCCCGGUAAUAAAGAAUUUGUGCUCAUUUUCUCUCUCUUUCCGUCCUUGGUUUUUUGUAAUUUUUUCGGUUGUUAAUAUUUUAGUAUAGUAACUUUAAUUAUAAAAUAUCAUAAUAUUAAUUACCUAUUAUCACACAAUUUAGAUGUGUCCUUAUUAAAUUAUUGGGCUGUGAAUGUUGUGUGUUGGAAGCCUGAGCGAAUCGUUUUUUUCGCGGUAGGCCUUUGAAUCUUAUCUCGAGAUGUUAAAUCGAGUCGUGAAAGGUUAUUUUAUUUUAAUUACAUUUCGAUUAAUACGCAAUUUAUCUUUGUAAUUAAAGGCGUGUUUUUUUUUAUCCGAGCAGACAAACGAGCAUACCGCCAACCUGAUGGUAAGUGGUUACCGUCGCUCAUGGACGUCAGCAAUGCCAGGGGAAGAGCCAAGCCGCUGCCUACCGCUUAAUACUCACCACAAGCCUCGUUUGAAGAAGGACAUGUCAUAGCGCUCGGGAAACACCGUGGAGGGGAGGCUCAUUCCAAAGCCGGAUGGUACGUGGCAAAAAUGAUCUCUGGAAACGCACUAUGGAUGAACGCAGCGGCUCCAGGUAGUAUGGAUGAGCUCUACUCCGGUGGCGGGCGGUGCGAUGGUAAAAACGAGAUGACGGUAUCAUCUCAAACAGUUCCUUAGAGCACUCCCCAUGGAACAUACGGUACAAAAUGGUAUUAGUAUAAAUAGUUCGAUGUUUUUAAAUGAACUUCAAUUAAGUUUACUCCAUUCAAAUAGCUGAAGAAGUACCUUGAGCUGAGGCUUGUGGAGAGUACUCAACGGUAGGCAGCGGCUUGGCUCUGCCCCUCACCAUCAGGUGGGCCGUAUGCUGCUCGUCUACCUACAAGGGCAAUAAAAAAAACCCUAAAUAUUGUUACGCUAUUUCUUUUUUUUAUAAUUUUAAACUAAGUGACUGACCCCUGUAAGGUUGCAAAAAUGCCGCUUAAGCUAAAUAAAUAGUCUUUCACCCCUCAAAAUGACCCUUAAAAUACAGCUAAUUUUGAUAAUUAAUUCUCAUUUCGAUUACAAAACUGGAGUAGAGGUGCGUACGUUAUUCUCGCAUAUUUGCAUAUGAAGAUUUGUUUUACUGGUGGUAGGACGUAUUGUGAGUCCGCACGUGUAGGUACCACCGCCCUGCCUAUUUCUGCCGUGAAGUAGUAAUGCGUUUCGGUGUGAAGGGUGGGGCAGCCGUUGUAACUAUACUGAGACCUUAGAACUCAUAUCUCAAGGUGGGUAGCGGCAUUUACGUUGUAGAUGUCUAUGGGCUCCGGUAACCACUAAACACCAGGUGGGCUGUGAGCUCGUCCAUCCAUCUAUGCAAUAAAAAAAACUCCUCUCACGUAAAUCGGUCGGUAACCGUACAAAAUUGAUUUUUCAACAAUAAAUAACCUAAAAGUUUACCUCUCAAAUUAUAAUAUAACUCAACUGUCAAAUUGGUAUUUGUUUCAUUAAAAUUGUUUUUUCGGCGAUAACAAAUUUGAAAAUUUCAAUUUUGUUUUUGUGUAGCUAAAUAUAUAAUUUUAGGCCUAAUGUGAAUCUUCCAAAGCACACAUUUUACAUUACAUCCACUUCACUGUUAAUUUCCCCGAAUAGAUUAUUUCAAAGUGCAAUACAUACAUUGUUAAUAUAAAUGUCGGAAAUAUUGACUUCUGCAGUAAUUGGUAAUGUAAAUAAUGGAUGUAUGCGUGCAUGCUAUUGUCUGUCUUCAUUCCCAAUGGUUUUAAAAUGGAAUAUGUAAAGGAUGCCACGUAAAAGAGGUUUUAAUAAAACAUUUACCCGUC